AUGGAUAACUUUUACCACCCAGCAUCUCUGGGUCAUUACUCCGCGCCCGUGAACAUUCCUCAGCAUCGCCUCGCGCCGUCCAGGAGUAACCUGUCUCUACAGGCUACAAUACGGCAUACAGCAGACCAGGGGCCUGUACAUACCAGUAAAACUUGGACGAACAGCAGCGGUGAUCACAAUAUCCUUAACGAUACCGAUGAAUUGGAUGAUAGGGCGAACUUUGUCCAGGAAUACAAUCGUUUAGCAAAGAAGAAUGGAGUGAGAAUAUUGGUGAUAGAUGACUUUGACUUUCGAGGCAAAGGAUUUAAUAGUCCUCGGAAGCAAGGAUGGCUUUACCGCAUACUAAGAUCCUCUUCGAACCAAAAUGGGCCAGACACACUACCACCGACUCAAGGACCUCGUCACAAACGCAGCGUAUCGGAUCUCGCCCACAAUUUAGUACAUCGCCGAGAGACCCCAAAGAUGAUCGAUCUCCAGUCCAUGAUACGGAUAAGCGGCAAGAGCAUGUUCUAUCUUCCAGUUGAACACGCACCAUCAGCCCUUAUACUUCCGACCUGUCUUCGAGCUACUGCACAUCACAUCGCUCAGCAUGUCACGACCCGAGGGAUCUUCCGUAUACCGGGAUCCAUCAGAGUAGUCAACAUGCUUUUCGAUUAUUAUUGCUCCACAGAAUACGGUCAAGUCGACGUUACGAGUACUACCGUUCGAUGCGCAAACUUGCCGAUGCACGUACAAGCUUCUGUGCAUGAUGUCGCAUCGACCUUUAAACGUCUUCUCUCGGUCAUUCCCGGUGGAAUACUCGGUUCUCUAUCCCUUUUCGAUGCCUUUGUUGCGAUUCAUUCCCAACUACAAGGUGAUCCGGAGUUCCCUCGUACCAAGCAUACCAAAGUUCGGGCUCGACUGAUUGCCUUGGCUAUCGCAACCGUUGAGUCGCAGUUCCGACGGGAACUGAUUUGCGCCGUCUUUGGACUUCUCAGCCUCAUUGGAAGAGUAGCAGAGAUCACCCCUCGAGAAGACGAAGAAGGACGACCGCUGCCAACUGGAGAUUUGAUGGGUUACAAUGCACUAGGUAUAGUCUUUGGGCCUCUCCUCUUGGGCGACUUACUCGGGCUAUACUCCAUGAAGCUGGCCACGCCCAAGGCAGGGUUACUAGUGCUCCCAUUGAGAUCUCCAAGGUCGCGACAAGAUCGGCGUAUACGGAAAACACUCGAUGAGCUACAAGGCCCACCCACAAUGGACAAGAUUCUCGUCGCCAAUAGCAUUACAGAAAUGCUCAUAGUCAAUUGGAGAGACGUUGUACGUCAAAUGAAAUCCCUAGGCAUGAAUCAACACCACGAGCCGCGGACAGUUAGCCCCAGGGGCGAUACCCAGGAGAAUAAUUUUAUUAUCAAGAAGCCACAAGGUUGGGAUCGAGAAUGGCGUGACCAGGUGGGAGACGAGAUCACUAGAGAAACUAGCCCAGAACCACCUACACCUACACUGGGGAUAUCAAAACACCGGUCAAGGAAUCGUGGAAGCUCAGCAUCCAGAAAGCUUGGGAUAAGACCCAGUGUAGGAUGCCUGAGUCCAACAGUGGAGGAAAGCAUACUAGAUGAAGAGGGCCCGCAGGAUGCCCAAAACUACAAGAGACAUAGUGUCGCCUUUGGAAGUUACAGUCAGCAAACGACUCCGAGGGAUGAACUGCAAGAUUUCCAAAACGAAAUGAGGUACUCUAGAGACAGCCACAGCCCCAGUGUUGGACCUGGGAAAGGCAGCAAGUCCUGCAUCGCCCCGACACCUACCUCUGCCAUGAAAAGCAGGAGAGGCAUCCACUGCAAUAGCCCAAGGCUCUCAGAAGAAGAUGUUCCGCCUCGCACAUCUUCCAAGCAAUCAACCCCGUUGCAUCGAGCCAGUGCCAACGCGCAAGAUGUGCUGGGGGUAACGGCCACUGGAGACCCUACAUCUAUUGAACGCAAGGGUGCGAUUAGAAAGAAGCACCCAGAGAAAGGCAACCGCCGUCAUUCCAUUGCUGUUGAUUGGCCAGAGUCUGCCGUGCGAUCUUCCGACAUUUCGACAGAUAAACCUGAACAAGCCAUCCAGUUUGAGUUUCUUUCCGAGAAGGAAGCGUUAGAAGCCGCCAUCAAAGCGCAUUUCGAUGAGCUCAGGGAGUUGGAUUCUUCGGAGCAGAACAGACAUGCAUCGCUCGAUGCUGGCGGCAAUCAGAACUUGCCAAAAUCGAACCUUGGCCUAAAAACCGAUAUACAACAGAAUCCUUUAGACAGACCGGAUGGGAACAAUGAGUAUACAAUUAGUUGGGGUGGCCAGAAAACGACCCAUAACAACUCGUCGGCAAACUCUGCUUCAACAACACCACGACAGUUUUAUGCGCCUAUGCAGCAAGUCCCUUCUGGCGCAUCAGGAGAGUCACAGAGGAAUAGCAGAGUUCAACAAAGUAUGGAGCCUACAGAACAGAGCAACACGCCACAUCAUCAGACUCCCGAGACUUCUGCACGUCGGUAUUCUAGUCGGGUUGCGUCCAUGCCGGUAGGGACGCCCAGAACCGAGUCUCUCUACGACGAAUCGACCCCUUGGUUCUCUUUACCCAAGAGAAACCAAAGACUGUCGAAGCGACCAAGUAUAUCACCAACUGAAAACCAACGAGGAGUCAGGGCAUUGGCUGCCAAGUUCGAAGGUGGCAAACCGACUGAAAGGUCACCGACACCACAAAAUAGCGCCAAUAAAACUCAAGCUCUCAUCUCACAGUUUUCUCAAGAGCCUUCAACAAGGGGUGUACGAUCUAGAUCAGUAUCAGUCUCGGCUCGACGCAGCAUACCUCAUGACCCAAAGAACCAGAACGUAUCGCCUUCUCGCAAUUCAUCAGCCGCGCCAAAUGCAAUUGGCGAUGCGAUCAGUGGACAAGAUUUGCGAGUUUCAAUUGGGGAAGAAGCAGCAAUAAAGGCAAUUGAACUUCAACAAGCAGACAAAGAGCGAAAGGCUUCAACAAGCUUUCAUGGACAGCCAGAUGCUUUGACUCUGCGGCAAACAAUCCCGCGAAGGAAGCCUGUCCCAGCAGAAAACGGCAUAGAGGCGUCGCUCAAGAAUCCUGGGAGUCUUGGAACAAUGAUGCCGUAUCCCGAACAACCUCCUAUCGCUCAGCAUCUUAAUUUUGUGCGCCCAUCUUCCAUAAUGGAUGCACAGGGCCCUGAUGCACUGGCGGUUCCUUACAAUACUGCAACCCCUAUUCAACGCCCUGGAAGCACCACCACUCUUCAUACACAGAUUCGAAAUCUCCAGCGACGAUUAGACCUCAAGACGGAAGAAGCAUUCCAAUUAAGAAGGCAGCUUGAGGUACAAGAAGACGCAGACAUUAGUACAUUGAGUCAACAACUACGAGAAGCCAAGAGGGAGGCACAGAUGUGGAAAGAGCGUGCCGAAAGCGCAGAACGGAGGAUCAAAGUAUUCGAACGAUUCAUAGCACGACUGAAAGGAAUACAAGUGGCUGGAGAAACUGCCGACGGCAAGGUCACUGCAGGAAAGAUGAUCGCUGGAUCAGAGUGCUUGCAGAAUGCUGAACAAGGGAACACUGCUUUCUUGGAGAAUGCCAACGGAUAUGAGAGUGACAGUUCAGGAGCAGAAGAUGCGAGGGUUGUUUCUGCACGAAUGCAGAGUUGUCUUGAUGGCUUGACCGAUGCGCCGGGCGAUUUCUCGCAGACUCACACGAGAGAACGGGAUAUUAGCCCAGGCGACGCAGAAAUUUGGAUGGCGGCACAGAAUUUACUGGAUAACGAAGGUCAGGUGCAAAUUGACGGUGGCGGAAGUGCGAAAUAA